AUGGCGACCACAACCAAGGACCAGAAAUCAAAGCCCAGCAGCUUGCGGUCCAUCCUCGCAGGCUCGACCGCGGGGGCUGUGGAGAUCGCAAUCACAUAUCCGGCUGAGUUUGCGAAAACACGGACACAGCUCAACCGCCGACUAGCGGAAGGCCAGAAGCUCCCGUUUCCGCCGUUUGGAAAGCAGUGGCAGGGAUUCGUAAGUCUUCUUGUCUGGCUCCGUCGAGCAGCAGUGGGAUCCCGCGCUGACAUCGAUCUCUCUCUUUUCCCAGGAUUCGUCGCAUUCGACUCCAUUAAAGCGCUUCUUCAGGAUGAGAACGGCAAGAUUUCGGGUCCAAAGACUGUCGUGGCUGGGUUUGGUGCGGGAUUCACCGAGUCUCUGCUCGCUGUCACCCCGUUCGAGAGUAUCAAAACUCAGCUGAUUGAUGAUCGCAAGUCCGCAAAGCCUCGGAUGCGCGGCUUCCUGCAUGGCAGCAAGAUUAUUUGGCAAGAACGGGGCAUCCGGGGCUUUUUCCAAGGCUUUGUACCCACCACGGCACGACAAGCUGCAAACUCGGCGACCAGGUUCACCAGCUACACGACCCUCAAGCAAAUUGCGGAGGGCUAUGUGGCGCCGGGUGAGAAACUGGGGACCGUGAGUACGUUUGCAAUUGGCGGAGUCGCCGGUCUCAUCACUGUCUAUGUGACACAACCGUUGGAUACGGUCAAGACAAGAAUGCAAUCGCUCGAGGCCAGCAAGAAUUACAAGAACAGUUUCGUCUGCGCGGCAAGGAUUUUCAAGGAUGAGGGCAUCUUGACUUUUUGGUCCGGGGCCAUGCCCCGCCUGGCACGGCUGAUCCUGAGCGGAGGAAUUGUGUUUACUAUGUACGAGAAGAGUAUGGAGUUGCUGGACGUGGUGGAUCCAGAGCGGAGAUACAUCUGA